AACGUUUUUGACAUUUGCACGUGUUUGUUUACAUCCCGGUCCGAGUUGUGUUUCUAAAAAAUUGCUAAAAUAAUCUAAAGUAUGAAUGAAAAGGAUAUUUUUAGUUUUUUAAUCGAUGGAGGCUAUUGUACCCGCUGCUGUUUCAGGUUUAUGGGGAUAAAAAACCCCAAUGCGUAUGAAAAACCGAAGCAAUAUGCCCUUCAAUUCCGAGCAUCACCAUCAGAGCCACCACCAUCUGACGAAGUCCAGGGUAAUGGUUCCAACGGCAAUGGUGACAACGGAGAGCCUCCAUGCAAGAUGAAGAAGACAGCAAUCUGCCGCAGCUGCCUCGGUAUCCUGCAGGAUGAGAACUGGGCUGAAGGCUUCGCACAGGUUAAGGCUGUUUUGGAGAAGAAAAACUAUGUCUGCGACACAUUUGCCUGUGCCCUGUCGGCCCCCAUAGCCACAAUACUGAGGGAAAGACUCAUCACAACGCAACUACGGCAGAAGUUUCCAGAAUACAAUGAGAAAAUAACCCCAACAGCUCUGAAAGAAGCGUGGAAGUGGAGCUUCGGCACCGCCCUGGCCCCGGAGAUCAACAAGACGCUGGACUCCGGAGCCAUCUCGCCGCUCCUCAUCACUGUCAACAUGGAGUACCCCGAUGAUUUGGAGGAGCUGGACCCUCUCAAGCAGGUGUCGCCCGCGCACUUCUCCAGCCGCGCGCAGAACAAGAAGCGGUUCACUAUCGACUUCACACGAAGAUCUGUUGAACAGGCGCUAGACGCAGCAUCAGUUGAGGCGCUGCAGCGGCGCUGGCCGGACGUGCCGGAAGUGAACAUCGGCGCCAAGUGCGUGAGCGUGGCGUGCGCGCACGAGCCGAUUGUGUUGCAGGGGCGUUACAUAAAGCUGAGCCGCGAGCUGCCGCAGAGCCCGUGGGUGCUGCAGGGGAAGAGAAUGAUGGACACUUCCGUGCAGGAGAUUAUAAUCGAGGGCAUCAAUAAAAUAUUAUCUCCAAAUCAGGCGGAUGAAUCGCUCAAGUUCAUAGCAGCGGGAAGAGAGGAUGUCGACGUCAGGUGUCUCGGUACCGGUCGCCCGUUCGCUAUUGAGGUUUCUGACCCCACCCGCAAUCCAACGGAAACCGAACUGCAGGCGAUUUGCGACUCUAUAGCUAAAGACGGGAGGAUACUUGUCAAGAAUCUCGUUGUUGGAAGCAAAGACGAUUUGACCCAGCUAAAGCAAGGAGAAGAGACGAAAUGCAAAACUUAUGAAGCUCUGUGUAUUAAAUUAACUCACAACAAAACUGAACAGACAAACGGCGCCACCGACGCGCCAAUCACAGUCACACAAGCGGACAUAGACAAGAUAAACUCGUUCUCCAACGUGCCAGACGGAGAGCUCGGAAGAAUAGAUCUGCUGCAGAAGACGCCGGUCAGAGUGCUGCACAGGCGCCCUCUGCUGACGAGGAAGAGGAAGAUAUUGGACUUGACUGCCAGUUUAGUUCCAGGGCACCCGCAGCUGUUCCUAGUGCGGGUGCGCACGGAGGCGGGCACCUACAUCAAGGAGUGGGUGCACGGCGAGUUCGGACGCACCACGCCCAGCUUAGGUGACGCCAUAGGAGCAAAAGUGGACAUCAUAGCGCUAGACGUGGCCAGUGUGGAGUUGGAGUGGCCGAUUGUGAAGAAAACCUGAUGAUAAGGAUGUUACUGUUUAUGUUUAAUUUAAGUAAUAAUAUCAUUCAAUAAAAGUCAUCGUUUUAUUAAAUUAAUUAUACGUCCUCCAUCAUCGAUAAAAAAUACCUAUUUGUAUUUUGAUAAGGCAUUAAUAUUCUAGUUCGUUAUUCUGAAACCACAAAGAAGUAA